GAAGAGAGAGCAGCGGCUGUACAGCGGGAAGAGUGGGUGGAGGGACAUUCCUCACAAUGCACAUCUAUUUAUUCAUCAUCCCUCAGUCUCUGCCAAGCAAUCUGAUUAGGAGCAGUAUGCUUUAAGUUCCCAUUACGCACCAUUGGAUCAACAUGCUGUUUCUGUUUAACUUACACAGCCCUCCCCUCUUCCUCCAGGACUCCCCACAGUAACCCAGGGAGGAAGGUGCUACUGGCUGAGCUCUGCCUCCAGAGCUGCAUGGCACUGGCCCCCGGAAUCCAGCCGGCAGCUCUCCAUCAGGACUUGCUCUGCAUUCAUCACCUCGCCUUGCAUGGAUCUUGGAGGUCCUUCCACUUGACGCAGUGAGGAGCUGCGGAUCUGCUCUCAGGCCGAGUCCAGCCCUUGGAUCUGUCUAGGAGAAAGGAGCAGUCUCCAUAAGGGAGCUGUUGUGGAAUGCACAGGGAGACGAUGUCCUAAGGGGACCUGAACGCCACCCGGAGAAGCCUGGAUGUCUGCACCAGAGGGAUCCGUGGACUGUUGUGUGAUGUGGAUGCUUCCGACUUUAUUACUGGAGGUGGCGAUGUCCUGAGAGGUGAGAGCGAUAGAGAGAAGGUUUCAGCACCAGCGGAUGGCGGACAGCUCCUAGGGAAUCAGCGUCCUGUAUCCAGAUCUCAGCCCUGGAGCAGUCCAGCAAGUCUCCCCUACAUGACCCAACGCACAGCCAGGAGCUUCCCCACCGCCUGUCCCCUGCUGGGUUCUCAUCAGAGAAUGUCAAAUGAAUUCGAGAGUCAACUAGCAAAGAAGAGGAAGAAGACAGCUAAAACAGUUUGCAUUCUGGAGUUGGCGUUUUAUCUGAGAAGGCUCUUAGGCUGUAGACUUCUCAACACAACAACAGACUCUUAAAGGAAGACUGUUAUAACUGCCAGAAGGAAUCAUAUUUAAUAUUGGAAGUAUUAUGUUGUAAUAUCUGCUAACAGAGCCACGUAAAAGAGGGAGAUUGAGGGACCAUUCAGGGAGUGAGGGAGAUUGCUACUAUUUCAGGGAGUCUCCUGCAGAAAGAGGGAAGAAAUACAAGUUUCCCAUGUGGAUGGAACCUGCUACCCUUCACUACUCUGGAGAAGCUACAGAGGAGAAGCAGACAGGCCAGAAUACAAUCUGCAAGUAAGACUUGUGGAGCCGACAGAAUCCUUAACGACUAAUAAGAAACAUGUAAAGGACUUCCUGGCAGAAAUGGGAUUGAACAGCAUAGAAUAACUUUGUUAUCUUCGGAGGAAAACUUGACCAGCAAAUGUAUCUUCAGCUUCAAUGACUCCGGAUUCAUCCUACAAUAUGCACAAGGAAUCUUCUUCCAACACUCCCGCAGAGUAGACUUGUUCAACUAUUCUUCAAAGGUCUUCCCCUGGCAAAUACUUGGGAUCAGCACUCAAUGUUUAGAGCACUUUUUGUUGUACCCAUGCGGAGAAAAGUAAAAGAAGGAGGUGUCUCCUUCAUAUAAUUUACUAUAUUUCAUAAUACUAGAGCGUACCAAGGAGACUCCACCCUGAGGCAUCGCUCACCAUGACAGCUCGCAGAGGAAUAGUCAUGCCAGCUCUCUGUUUAUGGAUGUUUGUUCUGUUUGCGCUUCUCUACACAGGCAAAGUACAAGCAGACUGCUGGCUGAUUGAAGGCGACAAGGGUUUUGUGUGGCUUGCUAUCUGCAGUCAGAACCAGCCACCUUAUGAGUCUAUACCACAGCACAUCAAUAGCACCAUAGUGGACCUGCGGCUCAAUGAGAAUAAGAUAAAGAGCGUCCACUACUCAUCACUCAGCCGUUUUGGCAACCUGACGUACCUCAACCUCACCAAGAAUGAGGUAUCUUACAUCGAAGAUGGAGCUUUUGCUGGUCAGUUUAAUUUGCAGGUGCUCCAGCUUGGUUACAACAGAUUAAGAAACCUCACGGAGGGAAUUCUUAGGGGACUGGGAAAGUUGGAGUAUCUCUACCUCCAAGCAAACCUCAUUGAAACUGUGACUCCUAAUGCCUUUUGGGAGUGCCCAAACAUUAUGAACAUUGACUUGUCUAUGAACCGAAUCCAGAGGCUGGACAGUAACACAUUUGUGGGUCUCAGUAAGCUGACUGUGUGUGAAUUGUACAGUAACCCUUUUUAUUGCUCAUGCGAGCUUCUGGGCUUCCUAAAGUGGUUGGAUAUAUUUACCAAUAUGACACGUACCUUUGACCGCAUGCAAUGCGACUCUCCACCGGACUAUACUGGGUACUUUUUGCUAGGUCAGGGCCGAUCCAGCUAUCGCAAUGCUCUCGGCAUGCUGUCCUCUCUCUGCACAGAUGGGCCUUAUACUAUGAUGCCACAUUUGAUGUCGCCAAGGUACCAAGCUACCACGGGACCACCUGAAAGCCCUUGCUCAGAAGAAGACUGUUUUUCUGGAGAUGGGACUACACCUCUCAUUAAUGUCUACACACCUCCUGCCAACUCCAAAGUCAGCCUGAGUGUGAACUUAAAUACAGAAACACACUCAGAUGCAGUUCUGGUCGCAGAAAUACCAUACCCUUACAGUAAGAUGUACAUCUUGGUUCAAUACAAUAAUAGCUUCUUUACUGACAUUCGGAACCUAAAGGCAGAGAAAGAGUCCAUAAAGUUGGAUGGGUUGAAACCCAAUACAAAUUACACUUACUGUGUUGCCUCUAUUCGCAAUUCUCUCAGGUUCAAUCACACCUGCAUAGCCUUUUACACUCGCAGCCAUACCAAACAAGAACAUGUGCCUACCCCAUCCACCGCCACUCACUAUAUAAUGACUAUUCUUGGCUGCCUGUUUGGUAUGGUCAUCAUCCUAGGUAUUGUGUAUUACUGCCUGCGCAAAAAGCGCCAAAAAGAGGAAAAGCACAAAAAAGCAGGUGGUGGCAUGAAGAAAACAAUCAUUGAACUGAAAUAUGGUCCCGAAAUGGAGACUCCUAGUAUUAGUCAGCUAUCCCAAGGACAGAUGAUGGGUCCAGAGUCAAUUUCACGUAUUCCCUACUUACCAUCAGUGGGGGAAGUGGAACAGUAUAAACUAAUAGAAACUAGUGAGACUCCAAAAGCAACUAAGGGAAACUACAUGGAGGUGCGAACCGGCGAGCAGCCUGAGAGAAGGGAUUGCGAGCUAUCCAUGCCACCAGACAGUCAGAGUUCUGUGGCUGAGAUAUCCACUAUUGCUAAGGAGGUGGACAAAGUCAACCAGAUCAUUAACAAUUGUAUAGAUGCCUUGAAGUCAGAGACCACUUCAUUCCAGGGGGUGAAGUCAGGAGCUGUGUCUACAGCAGAGCCCCAGCUGGUACUGAUAUCAGAGCAGAUUCCCAGCAAGCAUGGCUUCCUUUCCCCGGUAUAUAAGGAGAGUUACACUCACCCCUUGCAGAGGCACCACAGCAUGGAAGUACCACCAAAACGCUCUAGCACAUCUUCUAGUGGGUCAGUUCGCAGCCCGCGAUCUUAUCGUUCUGAGGGGUCGGCACACAAGUCAGAAACAAAAUACAUUGAGAAGACCUCCCCAACUGCUGACACCAUCCUCACUGUGACCCCGGCUGCUGCCAUCUUGAGGGCAGAAGCUGAAAAGAUUCGCCAGUAUACAGAGCACCGGCAUUCCUAUCCAGGCUCACAUCAGGGUGAGCAGCAGCAACAGCAGCAGCAGUCCCUGCCUCAGCACGAUAAUAUGGGAGGGCGCAAAACCUCCAUACUGGAACCUUUAACCCGACCCCGCCCUAGGGAACUGGCUUACUCCCAACUCUCACCUCACUACCAUAACCUGAGCUACACCUCUAGUCCAGAGUACACGUGCAAACCCUCCCACAGCAUCUGGGAGCGCUUCAAACUGCACCGCAAGCGCCACAAAGAGGAAGAGUAUAUGGCAGCCGGCCACGCCCUCCGUAAAAAGGUCCAGUUCGCCAAAGAUGAGGAUCUCCAUGACAUCCUAGACUACUGGAAGGGCGUCUCUGCCCAGCACAAGUCCUGAGUCCUCACCUCUUCCCUUUGCCUCCAGCUACUCGUGACUUAACUUUUUCUUUCUUAACCCUUGACCCUGUCCCAGUCAGAGCACCCAGCAGAGCAUUGUGACUGCACAAACUCUGAAGGUCUCUUUAGCGGAAAAAGGGGUUAACAGGACCAAACUCAAACUAGCAGCAGCUAAUUUUUAUUCAAAACUGUCUUAAGAAUGAAUAAGAGAAUUAUUAAAUAAAACAAAUAUUAUAUAUCAUAUAGAAAACUAAAAUUGCUUAAAAAAUCUAAAUGAAUAGACAACUCACAGACAUGAGCAUAUGCACCAAAUCCGAAAAACAAAAUUACGCUAAAACUGUGAAGAAGAACUAAUAUUUUUUAACAAAAGAAGAGAAAAAAAUACAAAAAAUGUGAGCUUAAGAGUGAGAUACUGGGAGUGGGCUGAACUCGGUGUACGCAUUACUGCAUGUUACUUCAUAUUCUGACUUGCGUGGUUUGACUCGUGUGGAAUUUUGUUAUUUCCCUUCAUCACUGCAGGACAACAAAAUAAAUUAAAACAGCAACAAGACUGGAAUAGACGGUAGAAUUCCUUUCGUUAAUGUUAAUUUGUAUUUUAACUGAGUCUUCCAGUGCAGACUUUGCCUACAAGGAGGCUCCCAUAUAACACCUACAGCUGCAUUCAAAACUGUGAUCACUAUUACACUGUACAGAUACAAAUUUCUAUAUUUGCAAUGUUUGCUGUAAAGAGAGAGACAAAUGAAAUAUAUAUAUAUAUAUAUAUAUAUAUAUAUAUAUAUAUAUAUAUACACACAUAUAUAAAAUAGCUUAACCCCUUUGCAGCCUGCUAGAUGUGCAUUGCGAAACGUCUUCGCGGUCACUGCUGAAGGGUUAAAUAAAUUACCCUGUUUGUAUCAGGUUUUAAUCCUGGGUUUUAGAAACAAAAAUGUUGUUUUCUAUUAUUUCACUUUAUUUUGUUUAAAAAAAAUGAAUUAUAUGUUUGUUGUUUUCUGAGUUGGUUUCUUUAUCUCUUCGCUGAACGGUUGUUUUCUGAAAGGCAAACUGCAAUGAGAAAAAGAAAGAUGACACUCUUACAAAAAAAACUGC